CUGAUGGUGGGCGACGAGGCCAGCGAGUGUCGCUCGAUGCUGGAGGUGUCCUACCCCAUGGAGAACGGCAUGGUGCGCUGCUGGGAGGACAUGCUCCACCUGUGGGACUACACCUUCGGCCCAGACUGUCUGAACGUCGACCCAACUCAGUGCAAGGUCCUGCUGACUGAGCCGCCCAUGAACCCCACCAAGAACCGGGAGAAGAUCGCAGAGGUCAUGUUUGAGAAGUACCAGUUCCACGGCAUCUACGUGGCGAUUCAGGCCGUGCUCACUCUCUACGCUCAGGGUUUGCUGACUGGCGUGGUCGUCGACUCAGGGGACGGUGUCACCCACAUCUGUCCGGUGUACGAGGGCUUCUCCUUACCUCACCUCACACGCAGGCUGGACAUCGCAGGACGUGACAUCACGCGCUACCUCAUUAAGCUCCUGCUCCUCCGCGGUUAUGCCUUCAACCACUCGGCCGACUUUGAGACCGUGCGCAUGUUGAAGGAGAAGCUCUGCUACGUGGGAUACAACAUCGAACAAGAGCAGCGUCUGGCCACAGAGACCACCUACCUGAUGGAGUCGUUCACGCUUCCCGAUGGCCGACAGGUGAACGUGGGCGGGGAGAGGUUCGGCGCUCCUGAAGCUCUCUUCCAGCCCCACCUCAUCAACGUGGAGGGAGCGGGAGUCGCCGAGCUGCUGUUCAACACCAUCCAGGCCGCAGACAUCGACCUCAGGGCAGACUUCUAUAAGCACAUCGUUCUGUCGGGGGGGUCGACCAUGUACCCCGGCCUCCCCUCCAGGCUGGAGAGGGAGAUCAAGCAGCUCUACCUGGAGCGAGUGCUGGACGGAGACACACAGAAACUCUCAAAGUUUAAGAUUCGCAUCGAGGACCCACCCAGACGCAAACACAUGGUGUUCCUAGGUGGCGCUGUGCUGGCCAACAUCAUGAAGGACAAGGACUCCUUCUGGCUGAGCAGAGCCGAGUACGAGGAGAAAGGCCUGGGGGUUCUGCAGAAACUGGGAGGUGGAGUCAGAUAAAAUAAAAACCUUUAUGAAUAAUGGUGUCACUGAAAAAAAGUGAGACGUCACUGAAAUAUUUCCAUUUUUACAUCAGUGAAUAGUUUCAUGUGCUGGAUUCAUUGAUUAACAAUCAAUCUGUAAUUCAACUACUGUUACAGACUGUUUUUCAUAUUUGACAAACAUUUUAUUGAUCAGAUAUUAAGAAUGAAGAAAGUAUUUUCAUGAAAAACAGAUAUUUUUGAAUAAAUGUUAUCACACAUG